AUGCUGAGAGAUGGAGGGCAGCUGUCGUCACAACAGACAUUGGAAGUGACUGCUGGACCAAGCUUGGGGACAGGCAUAGCAGGGAUGACCAUGAGGCCUCAAGAGCUACUGCUGCUCCUGAUGCUGAGGUGGCCAGCAGCACACAUGGAAGACCCUGACUUUCCACACUUGGGUGACAGCUCACAGCCGCUGCCGAGGCUUUGCCCUUGGCGCUGCUCCUGUCCCCGAGAGGACACAGUGGACUGUGCUGGCCUGGACCUGAGAGUAUUCCCGGACAAUAUCACCACAGCUGCUAGGCACCUCUCCUUGCAGAACAACCAGCUGCAGGAGCUCCCAUACAAUGAGCUGUCUCGCCUCAGCGGCUUGCGCACCCUGGACCUGCACAGCAACGUCAUCUCCUCAGAGGGCCUGCCUGAUGAGGCCUUUGAGUCCCUCACCCAGCUAGAGAACUUCUACGUGGCCCACAACAAGCUCUCUGUUGCGCCCCAGUUCCUGCCACGCUCCCUGCGUGUCGCCGAUCUGGCUGCCAAUCAAGUGGCGGAGAUCUUUCCUCUCACCUUUGGGGAGAAGCCUGCACUCCGGUCCGUGUACCUCCACAACAACAGACUGAGCAACAGCGGCCUGCCACCUAACACCUUCCGUGGUUCAGAGGCCGUCACCACCCUAAGCCUCUCCAGCAACCGGCUCAGCUACCUACCACCCAGCUUGCCAGCCUCCCUGGAGCGCCUUCAUCUGCAGAACAAUCUCAUCUCCAAAGUGCCCAGAGGAGCGCUGAGCCUUCACACCCAACUCCGUGAACUGUAUCUGCAGCGUAAUCAGUUGACAGACAGUGGCCUGGAUGCGACCACCUUCAGCAAGUUGAGCAGCCUUGAGUACCUGGACCUGUCCCACAACCAGCUGGCCACCGUGCCUGAGGGUCUACCUGGCUCGCUGACCAUACUGCACCUGGGUCGCAACUGCAUCCGGCAGGUGGAAGCGGUGAGGCUGCACAAAGCAAGGGGCCUGCGCUACCUGCUGCUGCAGCACAACCAGCUGGGGGCUUCGGCGCUGCCCGCGGGGACGCUGAGGCCUCUGCGGGCCCUGCACACGCUGCACCUCUAUGGCAACAGGCUGGAGCGCGUGCCCCCCGCAUUGCCCCGACACCUACAGGCCCUGGUGAUGCCCCACAAUCGCGUGGCCGCGCUAGGUGCGCGGGAUCUGGUGUCUGCGCGAGGGCUGGCCGAGCUCAACCUGGCCUAUAACUGCCUGGCCAGUGCACGCAUACACCCCCACGCCUUCCGCCGCCUGCGUGCCCUGUGCAGCUUGGACCUAGCCGGUAACCAGCUGAGCCGUCUACCCGAGGGCCUACCUGCCAGUUUGCGUUCACUGAGACUGCAACGCAACCAGCUGCGGGCCCUGGAGCCAGAGCCACUUGCCGGCCUGAAUAAGCUCCGGGAGCUGAACCUGGCGCACAACCGGCUCCGCGUGGGCGACAUUGGGCCGGGCACCUGGCACGAGCUGCAAGCGCUGCAGGUACUGGACCUGAGCCACAAUCAGCUAUCUUUUGUGCCGCCUGAUCUACCCGAGGCCCUGGAGGAGCUUCAUCUGCAGGCAAACCGUAUCAGCCAUGUAGGCCCAGAGGCCUUCCUCAGCACACCCCGCCUACGCGCCCUCUUUCUCAGGGCCAACAGGCUUCACAUGACAAGCAUCGCAGCCGAGGCCUUCCUGCGGCUUGUACACCUACGUGUGGUAGACACUGCAGAAAACCCAGAACAGGUCCUGGUCCAGCUGCCACCAAAGGGCAAGGGGCCCUGA